AUGAUUCAUGAAGUGGGAAUAAUGAUGACCAAUCUUCAAAAGAGGGCAAUUGCUCGUAAACAAUUAGAAGAGAGUUUAAAGGAUUAUGAAGAACCUAUUAAAUACACAAGAGCAUUGUUAUUGUGGACACGUCCAAUCGAAUUUGGUGUACUGUUGUUGGCAAUCACUGCAUUGAUAUACUAUUUCAAAGAUACUUCAAUCUCUGUCGUCACUGCCGUCUUUAUCAUUAUACCUAUCUGUUUAUUGUUUAACAUUCUUUCUCAAAGUUAUCAAUUCAAUGUAUUGACAAAGUUAUUCCCACGUUCAACAUCACAUGAACCAUACCUUGAAGCUAUUAGAGUACUUUCCGAUAUUAAAUUCAGUAUUACCGAACACUUCAAUGACUUGAGAACUUUCAAGAAACUUUCACCAGUUCAAUUUUUAAUUCAAACUGGUAUUGUUUGUAUGAUUUUGGCAUUUGUUGGAACUUUGUUUUCUGGAUUUACUUUAUUCAUCAUUGCUUUAUAUUCUAUUAUUCUUUUACCAGGAUUCAUUUAUAAUCAACAUCAUACAUUGAUUGUUAGCAAUAUUGCACCAUAUGUUGAAAAGUUGGUUGCUAUUGUCAACGAUCUCAUCAAACAAGUUUCAAAUCAACUUGUUAAUAAACCACAAGCUGGUGGUAUCAACAAUCCAGCUGCUGCUGCUGCCGCUGCUGCUUCAGGAUCGGUCAACAAUGUCAGAAACAAUGUAGAUGGUGUUGCAAAUGCUGCAUCACAACAUUAUUCCGAAUUUAGAAACAAAAAGAAUUCCUAA